CCGCCCGCGGCUUGCGCCCUUCCUGUGCCGCCGUCUCCUCCGACGCCGCCGCCCGCGCCGCCCGCGCCCUCCGAGCGUAGCUGAGCCGGCGCCGGGCCGAGCCGGCCCCUUCCCAUGCGGGCGGCGCGGGCCCUGGGAGGGGCGCCCGCAGCCAGCAGCGCAGCAUGCACUGGGGGGUUGGCUUUGCCUCGUCCAGGCCGUGCGUGGUGGAUCUGAGCUGGAACCAGAGCGUCUCCUUCUUCGGCUGGUGGGCCGGGUCCGAGGAACCCUUCUCCUUUUAUGGGGACAUCAUCGCUUUCCCUUUGCAGGAUUACGGUGGGAUCAUGGCAGGGCUGGGCUCCGAUCCCUGGUGGAAGAAAACCCUUUACUUGACUGGGGGAGCUUUGCUGGCCGCAGCUGCGUAUCUGCUCCACGAACUCCUGGUCAUUAGGAAACAGCAAGAGAUUGACUCCAAAGAUGCUAUUAUUUUGCAUCAAUUUGCAAGACCUAACAAUGGUGUCCCCAGUUUAUCCCCUUUCUGUUUGAAAAUGGAAACUUAUUUAAGGAUGGCUGAUUUACCUUAUCAGAACUAUUUUGGUGGAAAACUUUCUGCUCAAGGGAAAAUGCCUUGGAUUGAAUAUAAUAAUGAAAAAGUUUCUGGCACAGAGUUCAUAAUUGACUUUCUGGAAGAGAAACUUGGAGUGAAUUUAAACAAAAAUCUUGGUCCUCAUGAAAGAGCUGUCUCCAGAGCGGUGACGAAAAUGGUGGAGGAGCAUUUCUACUGGACGUUAGCUUAUUGCCAGUGGGUGGACAAUCUCAAUGAGACCCGGAAGAUGCUCUCUCUUAGUGGUGGUGGUCCCUUCAGUAACCUGCUGAGGUGGGUCGUGUGCCACAUAACGAAAGGAAUUGUGAAGCGCGAGAUGCACGGCCAUGGCAUUGGCCGCUUCUCAGAGGAAGAGAUUUACAUGCUGAUGGAGAAGGACAUGCGGUCUUUAGCAGGGCUUUUGGGUGAUAAGAAGUACAUCAUGGGGCCCAAGCUUUCCACUCUCGAUGCCACCAUCUUUGGGCACUUGGCACAGGCAAUGUGGACCUUACCAGGGACAAGACCUGAACGGCUGAUCAAAGGGGAGCUGAUCAACCUCGCUAUGUACUGUGAGAGGAUAAGGAGGAAAUUCUGGCCGGAGUGGCACCACGAUGAUGACAACACCAUCUACGAGUCCGAGGAGAGCAGUGAAGGCAGCAAAACCCACACCCCCCUGCUGGAUUUCAGCUUUUACUCAAGGACAGAGACCUUUGAAGAUGAGGGAGCAGAGAACAGUUUUUCCCGAACCCCAGACACAGAUUUCACCGGACACUCACUCUUUGAUUCUGAUGUGGACAUGGAUGACUGCACAGACCACGAACAGUGUAAGUGACGUCCAGCCUCGCCGACCCUCUUCUGUCUGAGUCGCCACUCCCUGGGGUCUGACCAGUUUCCCAGGCAGAAAAUCAUUCGAGCUGGGAAAAGAGAUCCUGGUGUUUGGCACAGUUUCAACAUGCUAACUGAACUAUAGCCGCCUUAUUUCUUUUUUCUAAAAACAGACACAGAACCAUUCAGAUGGCUCCAUUUAAAACAAACAGGGAACAACAAAACAAUGUCAGCAUGGUUCCUGAAAUCCAUUUUUGUUUUCAUUAGAAAACCAAUAUCAUAUGGUAGAGCCGAUGAAAGAGCAGGUUGUCAAUAGACAGUGUUUGGGUUGAUGCUCUUCAGGCCGAGGUCUUAGUUGUGAGACCUUGAACGUCUUUCAUCCACCCGGGUCCGAAGUCGUGAGAGAGAUCAUCAGAAAAAAUGUAGGAGAUAAAUAUUUUAUGGUGGCUGCUUGUACUUUCUAUGUGUAUAUUGUAUGUUGAGAUGUAAGUCAAAUAAAAUCCACAAAUAUUCAAUGAACACCUGCUACGUGCAAAGCACUGUGCUAGGUGCUAACCCAUAGAAGUUUUAUUCUAAGCUCUGCCAGUGACUAGCUGUGUGAUUCUGGGCAAGUCCCUUAACUAUCGUGUGCCUCAUUUCCCCCACCUGUCAAGUGGGGAUAAAGAUGCUCUCCACCUACCUACCUCACAGGGGUGUUGUGAGGAUUCAUGUGUUAACAUUUGUAAGGCCCUUUCAACCUCUUGGAAGAGGCGUGACACCAAUGUGACAUUUUGUUCUUUGUUGUGCUUUAUAUGUGUGAAGAUUUGAGGGCAAAGGAGUCCCCUUUCAGGCAUCAGCAACCAUAGUCAAUUGCAAAAGUGAAGCCGAUGAAACAUACACAAAGGCGCAGUUAGGACUCUGUCAUCGUUCCUCUUUGUGAUCUUGCUUGAAUCUUUUGUUGAAAGAACCUUGGAAAUAUUUUUACAAAUCGUCAACAGCUACCAAUGGUCUCCAGUUCUACCAUGUCUUUGCAGAAAAGUGUUUCUUUCAUUGCCUGAACUCACACUGGAAUGUUGUCCUUUUUUUUUGACUCCAGAGUGUUAACUUUGUUUUAUUUGGAGGGGAUAAAGCUCAGGAAUAUGGAGGGUUUGAAAGAGGUGGAGGGGAAAGUAUUUGAUCCUAUUUUGUAAGCAGAAACUUGCCAACUUGUAAUGUCUUUUUGAAAGCGAAUCUUGCAAGAGGUACUGAAAAGAUGAAGUAGGAGGAAGAUCCUGUUACUUGUAUCACAGCACUUUGUGCAGUGGUAGACUCUAUGCAGUUUUACUAAUGCAACUUUUCUGGUAUUUUCAGCCAUUGCCCUGUGGGAAGAGGGCAACCGCUGAGGACAAAUUUAAUGUUUCUUAAGGAUCACCCUUGCCUUCUCCAUAGAGCACAUGAACUGUUGGAGUUACCUGUGUUUGCUAAGGCACUCUGUUUCUGAAGACAUAGCUUUUGUUGGCUUGGACCAUUUUUUCAGGGAAAUACGGGGUGAAGGUACUGGGUGAUGGCUGUGAGUUUGGUCUAGGAGAGCCUGUGUUAAUAUUUACAAGUGCAAGCAAAACUGCUUUGCUUCUGAUCACAACUGUCUGGCUGAGUAAAGAUGACUCAUUAGACAGCCACUUCUUAAAAGACAGCGACUACUUCUGAGAAGCUCAUGUACUUCUACUUGAAAAAGCCUCUCUUUGAAUAUAACUUUUGCAAAACAAUCCUAAAAGACUGCUGUGGAUUCACAAGGAAGUAAAGGGGAAGAGGUUUUUAUGGCUGUUUGCUAAGAUGUUUUGUACUAAUUAAGCAACUGUGUAGGGUAUAUGUAUCUGGGAAUAAAUGUUAAGAUACCCAAAUUGAGAAAUUCGUUUUCCACAGAAAACUCAGUUGUUAGGAUCUUAUUAGGACCGUUCACAUUGAGAGGACCUUUUGAUGCCUAAUGAGAAUGUGUUGAGAAGUUAUGAAUAGAUUAAGCCUUUUUUUUUUAAGUCUCUAGAGUUGCUUGGAAGGACUGUUUGCCUCUCUAUCGCAAGCCAGCUGGUGGCUGUUCUGUGUGACGAGGGAAACUCUAGGCCUGAAAAUGUGAAUAUAAUGAACAUUGGACUGUGGACCUAUUUCCACAAAGAUCAAGUUGCCCUUUCCCCAUCCUGGGCUGGGAAGAAAUGAGUUUGAAUUUUUGCCUACAAACAUUUUUUUUCACCAAGUGUGAUGUUUUUUCACUGUAAGGAUGAUUAGAUUAUAAGUACAUAGAUUCAUUUAUAUUUUUUAUUGAUUGCUGGCUGUGUGCAUUACUUGGAAGACAAGAACAUGGAGUGCUACUGUUCAAAGUGAAAUUGUAAAACAGUUCAUCCCACUCACGUACCUCCCAUGGGGGCUUGGAUGGACAUUGCCACCUGGAGCCUUGGGUGCUUUCCUGACCGUUUAUGAUUGGGUACUCAAUAUUUUGAGGUGUAAACUUGACUUGGAACUCUAGAAUAUAUCCAGGUUUUACUUUCCCAAGGUGGGUUAUGAAAACACAAUGACCAAGACAAAUAAUCACUGUGGUGUGGGUGACUUAGGCAGUCUUGAUUGUGAGGGCUUUAAUUUUAUGUGUUUCAUUUUUAAACUAUCCAGAUUUGAAGUGUUCCCCAAUUUGCUGAAUAGGUGCUACUUAUAAGAAACAAACAACAAGAAAUUAGGGGCCAUUUUGAUCAUCUGACUCACUUGUCCAAGUACUGUGUUUCAUUUUUCCAGAAAGUAAGGAAGUGUGAUCUUUAAAGUUAACAGAUACUUUCGUUGGACAAAAGACCCAUGGAUCACUUGUUCUAUUUUUUUUUUUAAACCUAUCCUUGUAAAAAUAAAUUCUGCUCCUCUAUCUACCUCCCCUGCCCCAUCCCCACAUCAUCAGGAUUAAUGAGAGCAGUUGGUAUGCUUUGCUUCCAGUGAGCCAUCAGAUUGGAUAAAAAGGAUGAUAUUAAUUUAUGCAGAAAUAAACUAUACUGUCAGGGCUCACCAUUUUGUUGUGCCAUAAUGUUUUGUGAACAGGAAGACUACCAAGGUCAUGGGCUACCGGAAGACUGAUCCCAGGCUUGAGGACAAGUUGGACUUGAGUAUAACUGCAGUCUAGCAUUCAAGUGGGCCCUGCCUGGGUAGACUUAGUGUUAGAGUUUAUGUCUUGGUGAAAUAGGUAAGCUAUAAGGAGAGGAUGCACUAGUUUUGUAGCCCCUUGGGUCUUGCAUAGGUUUAUUCUAGACACAGUGUAGAAUCAUAGAAAUGUAUACCUUGGCCAGGAUUAGCUCUAGCAAGCCCCUUCCUUAGAAGAGAGCCCUAGAGCUUGUCAUUGGCUUGGUGUCACAUAACAUAUUUAUUUGAAGGGCAGGAUGUAGAAAUGAGGUCUUUCACCUUGUCCUAGGUGUUUUUUCCCAUUAUACUACCUGGACUUGGUUUCCUGUUAAGACCAUGCUUCUAAGAAUUCAUUCCAUGUACACAGAACUAGCACAUCUCCAGUCUCUCUCAGAGAGUGCUUGGAAUCCUUCAUUCUUGUCCCUCAUCUCUAUUCAGGUCCCUCCAGGCCAAUUCAAGAGACUGUUCUUCACUGUCUGCUCUGUGCAAGGCCCUGCGAAUGGUACUAUGAUGGACAUCCAGGACUCAUCAUUCUUGUCUAUCUUUUAAAAAAGUCUUGUCCAUUCACUCACGCUGAAUAUUUACUGAGUCUGGCCCCGGGAUCUGCACUGGGACUCAUAGAAUGGUGAAACAAGGCAUGGCAUUCCAAUUUUCUGGCCUUCCUCUUUUGCUGAGACUUCAACAAUAGCCUCCUUGACGUGCCUGGUCAUCCCUCUGGUCCAUGCCACCCAUCAUCACUGGUUUAAUCUUUCUACAAAGUUCCCCAGCCCUUAUGGGGUACCCCACUGUCCCUAGAUGAAGGCCACUCCUGAGGGCCUGGCAUUCACCUUUAAUGCAACUUUUAUUCACCUGUCUCCCAUGGCUCCUCCAUGUGAGCCAUCCAGUCCAGCCAACUUGAUCCAUUUGCCACUGCCUGGCCACGCCUCCUGGGGCCCCAUUUCUCUGCCUCUUGUUGUGCCAUUGCUGCUGCUGAAAGCCCCUGUCUCUCCUCUCCCCUGAACCAUAUCAUCCUGUAUCUCAAAGCCCAGCUUCAUCAGUUCUGCAAGUGGACUUCAUAACCACUGCAUUAAUCCUUUCCACCCACGAAGGCUGCUUGGGAAAGGCAUGUGCAGAAGUGAAUCACAUAUAAAGUAGUAGUUUUUAACCCUUUUGUGUCAGGGAUUUAAUAAUCUAAUGGAAGUCCUAAACCAUACCCCAGAAAAAUACACUUAUGCAAAUACAUUAAAUUUUACAUGUAAGUUCAGGAGAUAUAGAGACCUGAAAUCGUCCAUGGUUUCCUUAGGGGGUCUGUGGACCCCAGUUGAAGAAGCCAGAGAGGAAAAAAAUUGUUUUAAGAUGUGUUAGCAAAAGUAAUGGUUAUCAUUGUUCAUGUUGAGGAUGUGUGGAGUGGAAGGGAAGGAAGAAGAGCUGUCUUAGCAUUGCUUGAGAAAAUGUCUUUGUUUUGACAGGUCUGGCAUUUUGGAAGUGACAGGGUCCUGUUGUAGUUUUAUCUUUUUUUAAUGCAAUUUUAUUGAGAUAUAUUCACACACCAUACAAUCCAUCCAAAAAAAUUUUUUUAUCUUUAAACUAUCCAGAAAGUCAGUUUAUGAAAAUCUGUUCAUCCCUGAAACCCACCAAAAUGGGAAAGGAGAGGCUGAAUUUCCCAUAGAGCACAUUUGCGCGAUCAGGUUUUUUUUCUGUAUCCAUCCAUCCAUCCUUCCAUCCAUCCAUAGAACAAUUGUGUGGGUAUAUUUUCAAUAAAAGUUGUGCCUUUUGUUGAUAGGGAACAACUCAGGUUAUUAUAUUCUUUUUUCUCUAACAUGGUGAAGUUAUUUUUAUUGCUCCUGACUAUGACCCAGGAUCCUUUGUUCUGCUUUAUGUGCAGUGUUGUUUAAGCCAAACAAGAACUGGUGAAAGUGCUUUCCCUGACAAAUACUUCCAAGGCUAAAGACUGAGCCCUGGCACCCAUCUUUAACAGGCCCAGGGUCAGUUGUGUGCGAUUGUGAAGUCCAUGACCUUUAUUCAAUUCCUUCUGGUGGUCAGGAUGAAACUUGUAAAGUUCGAAAGGAUCCCAUGGUGGAUGGGGUGGUCCCUUUUGUCUGCAGGUCUCUGACUGGUGCUGGUGGUGGUGGGAGGGUAGAUGCAAACAUAUGGGACAUUUUCCUGAUUAGAAUUCCUUACCAGAAACUAAGGUUAUUGGUUCCUGACUUUAAAGAAUAUCCUAAAGGUAUUUAAGAUCCUUUAAUCUUUAAGAUAAGAUGGCUGGAACCAGCAACAUACUGGCCUUGCCCCUUGGGGAUGGUUUCAGAGGGUAGGGAGAAUUAGCUCAAAGGAAAGUGCCUCCGCUUUCUUGGGCCUGGGAGUACUACUUCCUCAACCAUUUGGCUUUUGCCAGAGCAGGAACUUGUCCCCAGACUUAGGCUCUUGGAAACCUCUGCUGCUGGCUAGACCAUGACAAACUAGGAUGCUCAGAUUUCACAAGGAGUAUUGCCUUAAAGUUGUCAAAUCUGUACUCAAAUAAAGCGGGCUAGUGCAAUAAUAAGACUAGUAACUUAUGGACAUGGUCUACCCAGCUCUAAACUCCUGGUCAUUUUGGUGAGGAGACAAGAAAGUGUCUAAGAGCAAAAGACUGAUACAGUACUUUGGUGUUCUGUACACAAUUAAAUAAUUUCAGUAAUGAAGUUGAUGGCCUUCAUUUCUUCUACUUUUUUCUUUUAGCUCUGUAUCCCUUAUUGCAGCUUUAAAUAUUUUGAAAUAACCCACUAACUGCAGCAUAAUAUGUAUUUGUCAUAUUCAGUUAAUUUUGUAAAUAUUAGUGUUGCUAAAUGUGACUAAGCAUCCCUUUUUUUUUUUUUAACUCUGGGGCUCUGAAAUAGAUUAAAUUUCAUUUACUAGUAAUAUUUACACUUUUUGCCUUUCUUAGUACCUUUUAAAGACUACCCUUGGUAUUAAAAAAAAUAGGAUCCAGUUCUUUGAAUUGCCAUAUUAACUAGCAGUCGUUCAGCAAGAAUAUAAUAUAAUUGUUCAUUGGAUGUUGGACACUAGAAAAGAGGAAUGCUUUGGGUAUUUACUAUCUCCUUUUUUCUUUUUUUUUAAAUCUGUGGACUUUUCUUUUAAUAGUUGUUUAGUAUUAGAAGUGUUCUCUCAUACUCCUACCUGCCACAAGAAUCACAUAUGGUUCAUUAAAACACAAACCACGUCCAAAUGGUUGUAUUUUUACCUUUGACAAAUAAUAUUUGAAAUGUUUUGCAGCAAUAAGAGUAAAGACAAUGCUCAACUUUUUGAGGGGUAUUUGCUUCAGUAGGUGUGACAUGUUUGAGUUAUUCCUGCCAAAGUGAUUUUACCUCCAGUAAUAAGCCCCGUGGGAUCCUCCUUGCUGUAAACACGUUUUUUGCAGUGAUAUGCAUCAUGCAGAAAUGCUUGACAAACCAAACGCUGAUGAGGCUGACGGUUUCCUGAUGGUGAUGGUUGGGAAAAUGAGGGCCUGAGUCCUUACAUUGAGGAAACAGUAAACAGAUAUUGGGGAUUCCAGCGGCCAUGUGGUAUGGCUGUGUUUUCUAUCAGGUACCCUGAAUGUUUUCUAAGUGUUGGCAUCUUACUGAAAUAAUAAAAAGUACAGGUUCAUAAAUUUUUUUUUAAAAAGCCAUCUACAUGAGGACCUAUUGCCUAUGGAUAGACAAGUAGCCAGUGCAGGAAGCACUGUAGUAAUGUUUAUUUUAUUUAUAUGCUUGUGGCCCAGCCUGCCGCAUGUGGAGCUCAGCCUGGGAACUUGGAGGAGCAGCUUAGCAUGGCCAGCCCCAGUGUAUUAAGUUACAAUGUACUCUUUUGUUUUUGGAUCUUCCUUCUAACCACUCAAAAAUGUUUGUGGGGUGUAUUUUCCAUUUUGUAAAUGCAAAAUGUAGAAAGUCAUGCGCAUAUUGUUUUAGGGAAGUCCUUUAAAUGUUCAGAGACAUCUCAAAGCAUUCCUAUUUAGGCAGUGGUCUCCAAACCUUUGUGUUUAUUUACCCUAUCAGUAAAAGCUUUUUGAGCAUGGCCCCCGGUGUGUUUAUUUAUAAAUUAAACACAGGCACAUGCACACUCACACAUAUAGAUAUGCAUUCAUUGCUGUGCUAAUAUAUUAUGUACCUUAUAAUUCAUAGCAAACAGAAAAUUAAAAAGAAUAUUCUCCUAUACUCAAUGUGCUUUAGAGAAUGGGGCAAGAAGUACUUAGGGGUAACACCUAGAAAGCUGCAAUUGAUAAGAAAAUGUAUGUGUCAUAUUUGUGGCAAAGCGGAUGUAAAAUAGGCAUGGAAGCAUGAUUUUAGGUUAAGAUAUUUAUUUGUCUUUAUGUAAAACAGGCAUUUUUGGUUAGAGUAAGAGAAGGGUGAACAAUUUGAUGUCACUUAUAUGAGAUUUCUUUUUAAUUCUGUUUUCUGGAUCUCUUGCUCUAGAAUGCCUUGAAAGUUCCUUAAAGAUUUCACAAUGCCCUGAUUUAAGCAAAAGAAAAAAAUAGAAGGGGGGGAAAACCCAAAUAAUGCAAAUGCAGGAUGUAUUGCCUGAGAAUUUCUUCACUAAUCUGAAACCAGUCCCAAUUUCAGAAAAGCAUGUUUUGACCAUUCCUGGUAAUCAUCAUCUAACUAAUUAUAUGUCUUUCUUCCAUUUGUUUACAAUUUGGUGUCUCCAAAUGUGUGGAAAAUAUACAGAUUUAUUUUCAAGUAUCUGAGGAAGGGCGAAUGUUGUCAUAAUUUGAACCCACAUUUCAGCUGCUUGGGGGCUGAUGGGUGGACUCUGCCUGGAGGCAAUUACCUGCACCAUCUGUUUUGCAAACAUAACAAAUGACAUCUUAGUGAGUGAGGACCCCAAUGUGGAUGUGUUAUUCCAGUGUUGAUUUCUAAACCUAUGAGUUAUUUGAGCACAGUUAUUGUUAGUAGUUUAUAAAGCCAUAUUUAAACUUGUACACUUGACUGUAAGAUAGAUUUGAAUUGUGCACUAUGUUGAUUACUGUAUAUAAUUGUGGGAAUUCUGUAUAUUUGGUCUUAAUGAUGUAUUAUUUGAUGUAUAAAUGAUAACUAAUGGAUAUGAAA